AUGGCACGAGGGACCGAAGAAGGUGCUGAAAAUAUUAUGAAGAAUGUUAAUAGGGAGCUGGACGAGUCAGCUACAGAUAUCGAACCUUACUUAUUAAGAAAGAGACCAAGGGUUGAUUAUGAUGAGGAAAAAAUCAUCGAUGAAUCUGGCUUGUCAGAUACUGGAAUCGUGUCUAACUUCCCAGUCAUCAUCAAUGAUGUUGUGGGACUGCAAUUGGGACCUUUACCUCGAGAAGAAUCCAGAUGGCUCGUGAAUGACAUAGAUAUCUCUGUGAAGUGGCAUCUUUUCAAGGAGAAGUCGCUGGAAUUGGAGGUCUCUUUGUGGAAAGAGGCGACAGGGUCCAAGGCUAGAAAGCCAAUAGGGAGAGCCAAACAGCCUGAUGCCAUUAUCAACGAUGUUGACCAGCUGUCUUGGAGCUCGGGUAGAGGACAUGGUGAGGCAAAAGUUCAAGAAGAGUUGAACAACCUUGACCUCCUUUGCACCGAUCUAAUCCGGCAAUUGCUCAAUAGGGCAACAUAUCACAUUCUACCUCACCACUCUUCUGUAUAUGUUAUGGUGGAGGUUGGUCACGUCGAUGUGCCUAUGUCACUUGAGCAGAUUCCUGCCUUCAUCGCCAACAUUGAUACGCUUCUCAUCAUAUCCAAUGCGUUUUGGGAAAAUUGUUUUGUGUCUACUGAAAAAAUGGAAUUAAGCAGGCGUAGCACUCUUGCAACACCAAGCUUUAAAGAAAUGUUCUAG